AUGGUCAAAUCCCAAGUCGUUCGAGUUGGAAUUCCAGUCGGUGUGGGGUGGGUCGGGCGAUCCGGGUUUUGUCUCCGGCAGGUCGUAACAGUUGUCUCUCACGCGUGGGGUCGGUUGGUCUUCGCCGGAACACGACGAGACGUGGAAGGAGAAACUUCGGAAAUGUCGGGCCGCGGGCCUAAGUGGGUUUUGAUGGUCUCGGGUUCGCCGGGCGGUUUUGUCGUUGAUCAACAGGGACCAAGUCUUGGCCUCGACCAUCCCCAUCUCGAAUUCUUCUUUGGGCGUUUUUUUCCUCUCGCUGCCGCCGCCGGCGUCGGAUUGUCUGUCUCCGGCGGGGAUUUGGAUCGGCGGAGGAUGGUCGUAGCGGGGUUUAUUGUAUGGAUCUCGGGGAUCGAGAUUGAGGGAGCCCAGAGUGGAUGA